UCAUACCACUUCUUUGCAACCUCUCAACUACCUACCACCUCCCUUUGCAUUUUUCUCUCACUUUCGGCCUCGCAUCUCGGCAGUAGAGACUCCUCCUGCUUGAGUGAUUGUCGGGUCCGCAAUGACCAACGCGCACCCGGCCUUCCGCCAGGCCGAAAAGCACUUCAAGAACCGUGCAACGCAGGCGCUGCCUGCUCUGCGCGACGUUCCGUCCACCUUCUGCCGGCCCGUGCUUGACUUCUCACGCCCCGACGCGUGCGAAGACGACGAGGUCUGGCGCGCGGGGUGGUGGGGACGGGUGUACGAGCCGCCCGUGGCUGGGAGGAGGCCGAGGAAGGCGAAGGAUCGAGUCCGCGGCGAGCGGCCGCCGCUGCCUAAUCUCGAAGAGGAAGGGGUACAAGUCGUCGCACUCGAGGACGGACGAACUGGAUACGUUGUCGCCGAGGGCUGCGUAUCGAUACCUCGCUACUACGAUGCGGGCGCCCAAGAAGCACUCCUCACUGCUUCUUUGGCGGAGUUCACGCGCCCACCGAACCCGUUGAGUCUCGACACACACUAUGCCCUCCCGGAGAACAUGUUCGAGCUGUACACAUCGGCGCCUGAUACGCCCGUGCUUCCACGCCAUCUUGAGCUCGAUGAAGCGGAACGCGCCGCACGUGCGGAAGAAGCACAGCGCACAGCUGGUACGCGCCCGCUCAUCGACACGGCGCCUGCGUUCACGAUGGGGAUCGACGAGGUCAAGCGCCGGAAUGCAUCGUGGACGGGCGACGCCAUGAGCUUGAGAGCGAGCACCAAGAGCGUUGAGACGCUCAUGAGGGAGAUACGCUGGGCAAAUCUCGGCUGGGUGUACCAGUGGUCAACCAAGUCGUACGACUUCUCCACGGAUACGCCCAUCCCAUUCCCACCAGAGCUGGCGGCGCAAUGCCGGGAGGUCGUCGAAAUUGUGCCAUGGGACAAGGUGUAUGCCAGCGUCAAGGCGGAGGACACACCGGACUUUGGCGCGUGGGCGAGGGAUUAUGAACCCGACACCGGCAUAGUCAAUUUCUACCAGCUGAACGACACCCUUAUGGCACAUGUCGACCGUUCUGAGCUAGACAAUAGCAGACCACUGGUGUCCAUCUCAUUGGGCCACGCCGCGCUCUUCCUGCUAGGAUCCGGCGACCGGGCAGACCCACCUCGCCCCCUCAUUCUUCGCUCAGGCGACGUUCUCAUCAUGUCUGGACGAGGGCGCCAGGCGUAUCACGGCGUCCCACGGAUACUGGAAGAUUCGCUUCCUGCACAUCUGUAUCCGCGGGAGAACGACUCUCUGACUCUUGCCGCAGUCAAGCGCUGGAUCUCGACUGCUAGAAUCAACGUGAACGCACGCCAGGUCUUCCCACCAGGGUUUAAGCGCCCAGCCUAAGCUACUCGUCCGCCAUCACGACGCUAAUCAUCAGUGUCCUCCAUUACCUGUACUUGUUGUCUCCAUAUGCAUAGCAUUACAACCGUGG